AUGGCCCGGGAGGAGCAUACCGCUUUGCUAGCCAACCGUGGGUUUGGUGGACUGUCGCCCGACCAGACAGCAGCCCUGGAGCGAUUUAAUUUCCCUCUACUUCGCAUUCACUACAGAUAUUUCCCGCUGGUGGUCACCAUUGCGCUCAUGUCACUCAUUGCAACGGUCUGCUCAUUCGCCAUCAUUACAUAUCGACUUGUUUUUUGGCGAAGAUUUUCAGCGACUUACCUCGGCUAUAAUCAAUAUGUCAUCCUUAUCUAUAACCUGAUUAUCGCAGAUAUGCAAACUGCCGGCGGUGCUAUCAUGACACUUCACUGGUACCGGGUCGGCCAUAUAGCAGGGAGUUCGAACACAUGCAUUAUCCAGGGAUGGCUAUUCCAAGAAGGGGUUCCAACCAGUGGCUUAUUUGUCUCGGCAAUCGCAAUACACACGUUCAUCACCGUCGUACUAGGCCGAAAAUUGAAAUACCGGACUUUUGUGUGCUGCGUGGUUGUGAUCUGGAUGUUCGCCCUGUUCCUCACUGUGUUACCUAUCAUAAUGGAAGGGAAACACGCUUAUGUGAACUCCGGCGCCUGGUGUUGGAUUACUGCAAACCGUGAGGACUUGAGACUGGGAACUCAUUACAUUUGGGUCUUCAUUUCACAGUUUGGAAGUGUCACUAUCUAUAUCAUCCUCUUCUUCUACCUACGCCAUAAGGUCGCUAUAUCUGCUUCUCUUACCCAGAGGUCUCAGGACAAACUCUCCCGCCUAAGGCGCGUUGUCAGGCUCAUGAUUCUCUACCCAAUUGCCUAUAUAUUCCUGUCGCUACCCAUUGCUGCCUCCCGGAUGGCUACUGCAGCUGGCGCGAAGCCUUCAUUUACCUAUUACAUUAUCUCGGCAAUGAUAAUGUCGGCAUCUGGGUUAGUUCACACGGUUAUUUAUGCGGUUACCCGACGAGCAUUGAUCUUGAACUCCGAAGUGACUCAACAUAAAGACGGAUACGGCCCUUCAUCAGCAAUUCAGGAAAGCAACUCCCCAAGAGAUCUUGAAAACACUGCCUGCACUACGCUUGUUAGCAGUGAUGGGCCCAUAUCACCAAGCAGUCCGACUGGCAUGUACAAGAGGAUGUAUUCUCGGAUAAACGGCACAUCCAGCCCAGCGUCGAACGAGCAGUACGAAAUGAACGGCGUUUAUCAGCAAACAACAAUCUCCGUCACAACAACUACUAUAUCACCGCCAACCAGAGGAGGCAACCCGCCGACUCGAGGUGGUAAAGAAGAUACAUCAUCUGUAGCGACGGACGGUACAAUAUCUUGA